CCCUAAUGUUCCGCUCAUUGUUUCACCCCAAUUUUCUCUCUCCAAACGAAGAGAAGUGAUCUCUCUCUCUCUCUCUCUUCUAUUGUCCGACGACUAGAGCAGUAGUAGGGCUUCUUCUCUAACGUCAUUCACUCUCUCUCUCUAUAUCUCUAUACGCGGCGCACGUUAAACAUCGCCGUCAUAUAUCUUACGCCGUCGGAGGUAAGCUCAUUAUCCUGCCUGCUCAUUUUCACCUGAUCCAACAACCCGUUUCCGACCCGCUUUGCAUCCAUACCCUAAUCUAGCCUGUAAUACUGUUCAAUAUCUGUUCUAUACUUCUAUUCGAUUUAUUAGCUGUAAUAAUAAAUUUAUCCCCAAUUAAACUACUACUACUCUCAUUUUUUUGGGUUCCUAGGGUUUUUGUUUUUUGGAUCAUUUUACAGUGAGAUUUUGGGGGCCGAUAAACAUUUUUUUGGGGGCUAGAGAAAACAUUGUUAUAUACACUUUUGAUGCGUUGUGGGGUUCUGAUAUGGCCAAUCAUGGCGGCGUUGGGAGCAAAUUUGUGUCUGUGAAUUUGAAUAAAUCAUAUGGACAUACUUCUCAUCAUGAUAAUAAAUCUUAUAGUGGUUCUUAUGGGCAGGCCGGGGGGAUGGGCCGCGGUCGGCCUGGUAGUGGGGGUGGAGGAAUGGUUGUUCUGUCCCGGCAUCGGAGUACCCAGAAAAUUGGGGCGAAAUUAUCUGUUCCACCCCCCUUGAAUUUGCCUUCAUUGAGGAAAGAGCAUGAGAAAUUUGAUUUAUCAGGAUCGGGCGGUGGGGCAUUGGGAGGUGGUGGUCAAGGGAGUGGGCCGAGGCCAUCCUCGUCUGGUAUGGGUUGGACUAAGCCUGCUGCUGCUGCUGCUGCAGUUGCAUUGCAAGAGAAAGAUGUGAGAAGUGAUGGUCAGGUUGUUGUUGAUGGUUUGGAUCAGACCGGGCAUAGUACUGAUGGCAUCAACAACCAGGUUAGUGGAUCCUAUAUGCCCCCUUCAGCUCGUGGAACUGGAAUUGGAGCUGCAGUUAAUGUUCCUGCAAAAACAUUUCCUUUGACUGCUGAGAAAGUCUCCGUUUUGAGAGGCGAGGAUUUUCCUUCUCUUCAAGCUGCAUUGCCUGCCUCUUCUGGACCGGCGAACAAGCAAAAGGAUGGUUUGAGUCAAAAGCAGAAGCACCUAUCUGCUGAAGGAACAUCUGACGAACAAAGAGACAGUUACAACAUGAGUUCAGUGGUUGAUAUGCGUCCUCAUGGGCACUCUUCACGUCAUGCAACUGGAAAUGGCCUUGCAGAAAAUGGGUUUGAAAGACAUGGUUUGAGCAGCUCUCGUAGAGCUGAUCAACCUCGGAAGCAGGAAGAUUACUUUCCUGGGCCACUUCCAUUAGUCCGGUUGAAUCCUAGGUCUGAUUGGGCUGAUGAUGAACGUGAUACUGGACACGUAUUUGCAGAUAGGGGCAGAGAUAUUGGGAUUUCAAAAGUUGAUAAUUAUUGGGAUAGGGAUUUUGACCUGCCUCGAACUAAUGUGUUGCCCCAUAAAACUGCUCAUAAUCAAUUUGAAAGGAGGGGUCCUAGAGAGGCUCAGACUGGGAAUGGGUUUACCAUUGAUGCCCUGAGAGGUGACACCUAUAGCAGGGAUGUGAGAAUACCUAGUAGAGAAGGGAGGGAAGGGAGCACAUGGAGGAACUCAAUCCUUCCUAGAGAUGGUAAAGUUACAGACAUUGCCAAUGACAGGAAUGUUGUUAGCUCCAGGGAAUCUUUUGUUAACAAAGAUUUAGGGAAAGAUAACAGGUAUGUUCCACCACAUUUUGGGGACACCGCUCGUGAUGAAAGUUUUACUGGAAGUCGGGAUUAUUCAUACGGAAGGAAAGACACGGGUCUUGUUACUGACAGCAGACAACGGUGGAAUCAUGCAACAGAAUCAUCCAACAGUCGAGGGGUCGAGCACAUGACUCAAGAUCGCCUUGGUAGUGAACUGUCGAGCAGAUUCAAGCGUGAUGGCUUUCAGAACAACUCUGGGUCAAAACCUUCAUUUGCAUCCAUUGGGAAAUCACUUCCUAUGACUGAUCCUGUUCUGAAUGUGGGCAGGGAGAAAGGUGCCCGUUCAAGGGGUGAAAGGCCAUACAUAGAGGAUCCAUACCUGAAACACUAUGAAUCUGCAGGAUUUGAUGAAAGGGAUCUCUUUCCUGGAGGACUUUCUGCGGUGAUCAAGAGAAAAAAGGAUAUGGUUAAGCAGACUGAUUUCUAUGACCCUGUCAGAGAAUCCUUUGAGGCUGAACUGGAACGAGUUCAAAAGAUGCAAGAGCUUGAGCGACAACGAAUUAUGGAAGAACAAGAAAGAGCAUUGGAGCAAGCUCGAAGGGAGGAAGAGGAGAGACAGAGACUGAUUAGAGAAGAGGAGGACCGUCAACGAAAAUUGGAAGAUGAGGCACGAGAAGCUUCUUGGAGGGCAGAGCAAGAGCGGCUUGAUGCAGUUAGAAGAGCUGAAGAGCAGAGAAUUGCUAGAGAGGAAGAGAAAAGGAGGAUUGUCAUGGAGGAAGAAAGGAGGAAGCAGGCUGCUAAACUAAAGCUUUUGGAAUUGGAGGCCAAGAUAGCCAAGAGGCAGGCUGAAGGGUCAAAAACUGAUACUUUAGUUGUCACCACCGAUGACAAAAUAUCUGCCAUGAACAAGGAAAUUGAUGUUUCAGGGGGAGCUGAUAUGGAUAAUUGGGAUGAGAGUGAAAGAAUGGUGGAACGUUUAACAACUUCAGCAUCUUUUGACACACCUGUCUUAAGCAGAUCUGCUGAUGUAAGUUCCCAGCACUAUUCCUCUCGAGAGAAUUUUUCAAAUUUUCCAGACAGAGGAAGACCUAUUAAUUCGUGGAGAGGGGAUGCACUUGAGAAUGGAAGUAGCUCAUCAGUGCAUCUACAGGACCAAGAUAUUGGUCAUCAUAGUCCAAGAAGGGAUGCAUCUGCUGGAGGCAGAGCAGCUCCCCGAAAAGAUUUUUCAGGAGGAGCUGGAUAUUUGGCUUCUGGUAGUUAUGCCAAAGGUGGACGAGAAGGAUAUACGGAUGAAUUUGGCCAUCGGAAAGAGCAUAGGUGGAGCCUUCCUAUGGAUGCUGAUCCAUACACCAGGAACAGGGACAUGGACACAGAAUUUCAUGAUAAUCUUUCAGAUAGGUAUGGUGAUAUUGGUUGGGGGCAAGCCCGUUCUCGUGGCAGUACUCGCUUUCCUUACUCAGAUCGGCUAUAUCAAAAUUCUGAAGCAGAUGAACCUUAUUCCUAUGGUAAGUCAAGGCAUUCUGCGAGACAGCCACGUGUGCUUCCUCCACCUGUACUCUCUACUAUGCAGAGAACUUUCAGGGGUAUGAACGAUCACCGUGGUUCGUCGAACCUUAUUGACAAUGAAAGCCAUUAUACUCAUCAUCGAGGAGGUGACUCUACGAGGCAGACAGGCUAUCUUGGUGGCCAUCCAUCUGAACAUGUUGCUCCCCUGCAGGAGAGCACUCUUGCAGAAGUUACAAAACUGAAUAAAGAUAUGAGCCCAAGGUGUGAUUCACAGUCUUCUCUAUCUGUUACAAGCCCUCCGAACUCUCCGCCUCAUCUCUCUCAUGAUGAAUUGGAUGAAUCUGGAGAUUCUCGUUCGGUAUCUGUUUCCGCAGAAGGAAAAAAUGUAAGUCUUUCUGGGUAUGAAUGUGCUCUCUUAAAUGAUAAUUCUGCAAAAGAUGCCAUGAAGACGGCUUCCAGUUCUAUCUCUGCUAUUGAGGAUGAAGACUGGAAUGUGGAAGAUAAUGGUGAGUUGCAGCAGCAAGAAGAGUAUGAUGAGGAUGAAGAUGGUUAUAGGGAAGAGGAUGAAGUGCGUGAAGCAGAUGAUGAGAAUCCUGACCUGAACCAAGAAUUUGAGGAUCUCCAAUUAGGCGAGGAAGAAUCAUCUCACAAAUUGGAUAACUUGGUUUUGGGCUUUGAUGAGGGUGUCGAAGUUGCAAUACCAAGUGAUGAUUUUGAGAGGAAUUCAAGGAAUGAAGAAAGUGUAUUCGAUAGGCCUGAAACCUCUGAAGGUGGAUCUGUAUAUGGGGUUCAAGUUGAUGAAAAGUGCCUUCAUCCUGUUGAGGCCCGCCCUGGGGCUAGUUUGGAUAGCUCCUCCGACAGCGUCCAAGGAACUGAAAAAAUUAUGCAAGAAUCUGAGUUUAGAGUGAGUACUGAACCUCACAGUGCCGCAGCCUCAAAUCUAUUGGAUGGCGUUGAUGUGUAUUGCGGCCCUAGCCUAUGUGCUCAGCAAACUUUCUCAUCCCUUGGCACUCCAUCUUCUAUUGGUCAGACUAGUGUGUCAAGUUUAACAUCUUCUAGUCAGCCUGAUUUACCUGUUAAGCUUCAGUUUGGGCUGUUUUCUGGUCCUUCUUUAAUACCUUCUCCAGUACCAGCCAUCCAAAUUGGUUCCAUUCAAAUGCCUCUUCAUCUCCAUCCACCAGUUGGUCCAUCCCUUACCCAUAUACAUCCAUCACAGCCUCCCAUCUUUCAAUUUGGUCAGCUCAGGUAUUCAUCUAAUGUCUCACAAGGGAUUGUGCCAAUCACUGCUCAGUCAAUGUCUUUUGGUCAGCCCAAUGGGCAGGCUCAUUACAACACCAGUCAGAACUCCGGUGGUUCUGUGCUUCCCCAGCCUGCUCUAGAUGCUUCUACUCUGAGUGUGAUGAAAGACAAUGUUCAAUCUCUUUCAGCAAAUCAAGAACAUGCUUCUGUAUUGAGGCCUGGAGGACAUAAUGACAGUAAGCCAGCACAAGGAAGUGCAGAAAGCAAAGCUCUUACAGCCAACAUUACCGGGAUUGCAGGUGCUAGUGAUAGAAAGCUUAUUUCAGAGUCAGCUAUUCAAGCUGAAGCUAAGGGCUUGUCUAAUGCUGAUAGGCAUUUGCAGCCAUCUAAGGUGAAGGGUUCUGAUGGCAAGCAGUCCUCGGUGCUACCAUCAACUCAGUCAGUUUCUAAUGAGAAAAUUUAUGCUGGGGGCAGGGCUCAAGGCCAAGCAUACGGCAACAAGGGAAAAAGAUUCACGUAUGCUGUAAAAAGUUCUGGGUUGAGGUCAUCUUUUCCAACUUCUGAUGGUCCUUAUUCUGAGUCAAGUAGAUUUCAGAGACGGCCUCGUCGAACAGUUCAGCGAACUGAGUUUCGAAUCCGGGAAAAUUCAGAUAGCAGGCAAUCAUCCAGCAUAGUUUUUUCUAAUGACUCUGGUCUUGGUGAAAAGUUAAAUCACGGUGGGAGAUCUGCUGCAGUGAUUAUUGCAAAAAGUGGAUCAAAGAGAGGAUCCUUCUCUAGUAAGCUACCGAAGCAAAAUGUAGAGUUUGAUCCUAUGUCAGCAAAUGUUGCUUCUCAUGAGGUUGAUUCCAGUAACAAGCCAAGCAAAGAUGACAGAAAGGCUGUGCUACACAAAAGUCAGAAUACUUCACACGCUGGCGAGGGAAAUCUAAAAAGGAACAUAUCCGAGGAGGGUGUUGAUGCCCCAUUGCAGAGUGGUGUUGUACGUGUUUUUAAACAGCCUGGCAUUGAAGCACCUAGCGAUGAAGAUGACUUUAUUGAAGUCAGGUCUAAGAGGCAAAUGCUGAAUGAUCGGCGAGAACAAAGAGAAAAAGAGAUCAAGGCGAAAUCCCGUGUUUCUAAGCCACCACGCAAACCUCGGACGACUAGACAAAGUAUUGCAAUCACAACUAGCCCAAAUAAAAUCUUUGCAUCUGUGGGUGGAGAACCACAAAAUAAGAAUAAUUAUUCAGAUGUUAUAGCUUCAGAGGCGCACGGAUCUGUUUAUAAGGAUGUGUCCACUGGAUAUACUACCGUGGUGUCACAGCCACUAGCUCCAAUUGGAACUCCUUCAGGGAGCAAUGGAUCUCAGCCCGAUAAACAAUUUUAUACUGCCAAGUUGCUCCAAACCACCUCUGGUAGUGUUGUUUCUGCUGGUGGAGAUGACCUUGAGCCAGGCCUGAUGUUUGAGAGCAAGAAGAAUACAGAGAAUGCUACAUCAUCACCUCUAAACUCAUGGGGUAGUGCACAGAUCAAUCAACAGGUUAUGGCCUUGUCGCAGAGCCAACUUGAAGAGGCUAUGAACCCUGCCAGAUUUGAAGCACAUGCAGCUUCUGUUGGAGCUCAUGGUGGUGCAGUCACUGAGCCCAUCUUACCAUCAUCUUCCAUCUUAACAAAGGACAAAUCUUUUUCUUCUGCUGCAAGCCCAAUUAACUCCCUGCUUGCAGGCGAGAAAAUUCAAUUUGGUGCUGUUACUUCCCCAACAGUCCUUCAUACUAGUAAUCGUGUUGUUUCACAUGGGAUUGGAGCUCCAGGUUCUAAUCGAGCUGAAGUACAAAUUUCCCGUAAUAUUUCUCCAGAUGAAAGUGAUUGUACACUUUUCUUUGAGAAAGACAAACGUGCAAAUGAUCCAUGUGUAAAUGUACAAGAUUGUGAGGCUGAAGCUGAAGCAGCUGCUUCUGCUGUUGCUGUAGCAGCUAUCAGCAGUGAUGAAAUUGUCGGGAAUGGACUAGGCUCUGCUAUUUCAGAAGCUAAAACCUUUGAAGGCGAUCAGCAAUUGAGCAGCCAAUCAAGGGCAGAAGAGUCUCUUAGCGUAUCUCUUCCUGCUGAUCUCAAUGUUGAAACUCCUCCGAUUUCAUUGUGGCAGCCCCUGCCAAGUCCCCAGAAUUCUUCGAGCCAAAUCCUAUCUCAUUUUUCAGGUGGCCCACCGUCACAUUUUCCUUUCUAUGAGAUGAAUCCUGUGUUAGGUGGUCCUAUUUUUGCCUUUGGUCCACAUAAAGAGUCGGGUGGCUCCCAAUCACAGUCACAGAAGGCUACUGUAUCUAGUUCAGGUCCUCUUGGUGCAUGGCAGCAAUGCCAUUCUACGUUGGACUCAUUCUACGGUCAUCCAGCAGGGUUUACCGGCCCUUUCAUAGGCCCACCUGGAGGUAUCCCUGGGGUUCAAGGUCCACCGCACAUGGUGGUCUAUAAUCAUUUUGCACCAGUUGGACAGUAUGGCCAGGUUGGAUUGAGCUUUAUGGGUACCACUUAUUUACCUUCUGGAAAGCAGCCUGAUUGGAAGCACACACCCUCAUCCUCCGCAAUGGGUAUCACUGAGGGGGAUAUGAAUAACGUAAAUUUGUCUGGUUCUCAGCGCAGUUUAUCAAAUAUGCCUGCUACCAUCCAGCAUCUUGGCCCUGCGUCACCAAUUAUGCCCAUGGCUUCUCCUUUGGCCAUGUUUGAUGUAUCUCCCUUCCAGUCUGCACCUGAAAUGUCAGUCCAAGCUCGCUGGUCUCAUGUCCCUGCGUCACCUCUUCAUUCUGUUCCCAACUCUCAUCACUUGCAGCAGCAAGCUGAAGGCGCAUUGCCUUCUAAAUUUGGGCACGGUCAUUCUGUUGAUCAGUCAUUGAAUACUAAUAGGUUCUUGGAGUCUCAUCCUUCUGAAGCCUCUGAUGGUACCCCCAGUUUUACUGUGGCAACAGAUGCCAAUGCAGCUCAGUUUCCUGAUGAAUUGGGUCUUGUACAUUCUUCUAAGUCGGGGGCUACUAGUGGUUCUGCUAAGAGUCAUGUCAGUCAAAGCUCCUCUGGAUGUGUUAAUGCAGAUAUUGGCAAAAAUGAUAGUCUCAGAAACGGUGUUAGCAACAACGGUAAAGAGCCGGGCAGCAGUGGUUUCAAAACACAUUCCCAACAGAAGAAUACAUCUGCUCAGCAGAGUCAAUCUGCAGGCUAUAACUAUCACAGGGGUGGUGGGAUGUCUCAAAGAAAUAUGGCUGGAAAUGAUUGGUCCCAUCGCAGAAUGGGUUUCCAUGGCGAAAAGGGCAGAAAUCAGUCUUUGGGUGCAGAAAAGGGCUUUUCAUCCACUAAGGUGAAACAAAUAUACGUGGCAAAGCAAACCGUCAGUGGGACAAAAACCACGGGAUGAGCAAAUUACAUGGUUUGGAGAUCUUGAUAGGGAAGGAUCUGUUUUUGAGAUAUUUAUUUGUCAGUGGGACAUUCAAGCUAGUUUUGGUACCUUCUUCCAUUUACGGCUUCUGAAAAUAACUUAAUUUGGACUUAGAUAAUUGGUUGGUGAUUAUAGUGAUCCUCUCAAUUUUGUCCGAAAUAUGGAUUACUAAGUUGUGGUUUGGCUGCUGAGAUUUGAAAUCAAACCCUGUGCAUGGCUGUUAUCUGCAAAAAAUUUCAGCUCCUUUUCAUCAAUUUAGCUUGCGUUUGGACAUAA